UCAAAAUCGCCUAACGAUGAUGAAAUUUUUCGUGCGGAGAUGAGAUUACAUAGUAUUUGGUUUGGUGUUGUGUUGACCCCGCUAGCUUUUCCAUUAUUCGGCUGGUCUCUUCUAGAAAAAUGGCCCUUCUCUAUUCCGAUUGGUGCAAUGUAUCUUGGAGGAUUCGCAGUCCAUUGGGUGCUAAUCGUAAACUCAACUUAUCUAAUAGAUACAAAUCCCACCAAAAGUUCUUCGGCAAUAGCGUUAAAAAAUUUAACAAGCUUUCUACUCGGAGGAAUAAUAAUAGGGUUUGCUUCACCGAUAUACAAGCUGAUAAACAUAGGGUUGUUAUUUACCCUUGCCUCGGGUGUGAACGUAUUAUGCACCUCGUUGUUGGUGAUUGUGAUCUUCAAAGGUGAAAAAUGGCGGGAGGAGAGAGGGGAGGACAAAG